AUUCGAUCUUUCUGUGCCUCGAGGCAUCCGACCUCCUCGAGAUCACACAGACUUGACAGCUUUUCUUUCCAUGCUUGUUUUUCGUUUGCUUUGUAGUUCAUUUGUCUGGCUAACUAAAUUCCUUUGCUACUUUUCUAGAAUUAUCGAGCCGAGGUGCUCUUGAACUUCUUUCGAAGUCCUUAUAAGUUUUAACGCUACUGAACUCCUCCCGACUGAUCGCUCGCUAUUUCUUUUUCCACAAAGCAGCGUACCUGGUCCUUCUAGGAUCGAUCAAACUUCCACGAGAUCUGGCAACGCGCACCGCCAAGCAGCGUUUUUGACUUGUAUGGAGCUAGUUGUAUGGAGCCAGAUGUCAACCCGCGUAUCUAAACCGCUCAAACGGAGGCUACAAACUUGCGACUUACGGGGCCGUUGUGGACCACUCCAACGCUUACUCAGCUUCGCGGAGAAUCUGGAAAUCUGGUUGAGAGCAGAUAACUCGGCGGCUUAUACGAUUCGAUGCGAUUUGAUACGUUGAAUCCUUCUCUCAAGUCGGGCGACUGAUCAAGUCAACCGAGUAAAUCUCCAAAACCGUGUGGCGCACAGCUACGAGCCAGGGACAAUAAAGGAAGAUGUGAUCCAGUUGACCAGUUAUAGAUCAAAGUUCUCGGAAACAUGGGCCACCAUUCUCACGUGGGCAGCCCACCUUGGUCACCAAUAACAGUGCCUUGUGGUGGCGAGCCGGGCCCUUGAGUUGCAUAGAUUCGCGAGCGAAAACGAACUGUAUGGUAUCCCAUUCUCGACAGCGGACGGCGCGUGGAGCGAGGCGGGGGUCCGUUGUGAAGUAUCUAUCGAGCUCACGUGAAAAUUAUCCAGAGCUGCUUCCUUUCAUUAUGUAUAUAGCCGGGGAGCUAUAAUGGAGCAAGCUACGAGACAACAAAACAAGCAGAGAGGAAAGGAGAUGGCGAAGGAGAUGCAGGCCCUAGGAGCUGCUAUUUCUCUCUCGUCUUCUUCUUUGUUUUUUUCUUUACAACGGGAGGAGGUACGUUAUGUGUCUCUUAUCGGGUGGAAUGGAAACAUCAGGGGAUCUGAGCUCUACUAUCGAGCGUACGGGUUCUUGUGGGCCUCUACAACAGCGACGCAGUCGACCCUGAGAGCGAUCCGGAUCUGCGAAAAUCCUGCUGCUCUUAACAGAUCUCGGAACUCGCGUUCAGAUCUUUCCUUGCCAAGGAAAUGCGCCAUCAUGACCAAGUCGUAACUUAGAGCCACCCGAGCUCGCUGGCUGUGAUCCCCCGGGUCAGGUGCGAGGAACUCCACCAUUAUGAUCUUGCCUCCGUUCUUGAGCGACUUGUAGCAGUUGUUCAACACUUUGAUGCAGGCAUCGUCGCUCCAGUUGUGCAUUAUGUGCUGCGGCAUUAAAAGCAU